AUGAAAAAUGUUUUAAGAAAAUAUACAUGCUUAUUUAUACUUAUAAAUAUUGUUUUAACUACAUAUAGUAAAGUUAUAAAAAGAGGAAAUACUAAUAUUACGAGCAACUAUUUGUUUCCUAAUAAUUAUGAUAAUAAUUCACAUACAUACAAGAAAAGAAGUAGUAAUCAAUUUUAUUUCCUUGAAAAUGAGAAAAAUAAAUUAAAAGAAUUAUGGAAUAAGCUAACAACAAGAUAUUCAAUUAAGUUCCAUACAAAUAAGGAAACAGAAAAUGAAGAAACAGGAAAGAAUAAUCAAAUAUCUUUUAAAAAUGUUUUUAAUAAAAUCAGUAUACAAGAUAAUAUGGAAAUGAUUAACAAUGUUAUAAUAAAAAACAGCACUGUAAUAAAUGCAGAAAUAUUAAAUGAACUUAUGAAACAAAAUAAGUUACUUACCAUAAGAUAUAAAGAUAUUAAUACCAUAAUAAAUAUUAUUAACAAUUAUUACGCCAGUAACAAUUAUCUCUUUUCUAAAGUAUUAACGCAUGAAGUUGUAAAGAAGGGGAAAGAUAAAACUUUAGUAAUAUACGUAAAGGAAUGUAUUGUUCAUAAAAUUUUGGUUAAGAUACACUCAUGUGAUAAAGAAAAAAAAGAAGGUGAUUCAAAUUGGGAUAAAAUAAGAAAGGGGUUUCAGGAAAAUGAUAAUGUGGAAACAAAUUUGCAAAUGGAUCAUAAGGAUGUAAAAUUAUCUCAACAUAAUGAUAAAUCAUCUCAACAUAAUGACAAAUCAUCUCAACAUAAUGAUAAAUCAUCUCAACAUAAUGACAAAUCAUCUCAACAUAAUGAUAAAUCAUCUCAACAUAAUGACAAAUCAUCUCAACAUAAUGAUAAAUCAUCUCAACAUAAUGAUAAAUCAUCUCAGCAUAAUGAUAUAUCAUCUGAACAUAAUGACAAAUCAUCUGAUCAUAAUGACAAAUCAUCUGAUCAUAAUGACAAAUCAUCUGAUCAUAAUGACAAAUCAUCUGAGCAAAAGGAAGUGUCACCUAACCCACAUAUAAAAAAUUUUAAUAAAGACAUCAAAAUAAAUGAUAAAGAGAGUGAAAACAUUUCAAGCGAAGAACCAAAGGAAAAUGUAUUAUUAAAUAGAGAAAGUGUUUUAUAUAAAGAUGUGUUAAAUUAUAAUUUGAAAGAAAAAAGUGUGUCCAACAGAAAAGUUAGACGUUUUUUUGAGAAUAAGAUGAAUAUAAAAGAAAAUGGUAUUUUUGUAUGGAAUGAGAAUAUUUAUAACCUUUUAGUAGAUUCUAAUUUAUUUAAAUAUGUCCAAAUGAAAUUAUAUAAUGAUAAAUCAUGUAAUAAGAAUAUAUUAGAAAUUAAUAUUAUUGAAAAUAAAAGAAUGAUAUUAAUUCCUAGUUUAUCAAAAGGUUUUAAUGAUUUUUUAGAAUUUUGUUUAAAUUUAUCAUUUUCCUAUUUACAUAGUUUAACAUAUUCAGAUAAGUUUCGAAUGAAAUAUUUUCAGAAUUUAAAUUAUAAAAAUAAUAAGCAUAAUUAUGAUUUUAUAUUUAUAAAUGAUUUAAUAGAAUUGGAAAAGCUAAAAAAAAAUUACCCUUCCUUUCAAAUUAUGGGUAUGAAUAUAAAUAAGGAGUAUAAAAAGGAGGUACAUACAUCUUCAUUAAAUAAUUUAAUGGAUAUCAUAAGUAUAAAAAAUGAUGAUAAUGAUGAUAAUGAUGAUAAUGAUGAUAAUGAUAAUGAAACGUUAAAUGUAUCAAGUUCGAACAUAAAUCAAAGUAAUUCAUUUUUCCCUAAUACUCCUAAAUAUUCUUUACAAGUAAAAGACUUAUACAAUUAUUUAUAUAAAAAAACAUUAUUCUUUUUCUUUAUUAAAAGGAUGAACAAUGUUAUUUUAGAAAUAAAGACGAAAUUUAAGAGAAAGGACUUCCAAAACUUUUUUUACUUUUUAAAAGAGCAAAGAUAUUAUUCAAGCGAUGUAGGAAGUACACAGGUUUGUGCGAACAAAGGUGAUGAUCACAAUAAUAAUAAUAAUAAUAAUAUUAACAAUAGUAAUGGUAAUGUUUCUAAUAUUAGUAAAUGGAAAAAUCGUUUUUUGUAUAAAUGUAUGAAUCUCUUUAGGAAUGAUAAAAAAAGCGUUUUAUCUAAUAAGUUAUAUAAUUUAUAUGGAUCAAAAAUAAAAUUGUCGACAUCUAUAAAUUUAUGUAAUCCGAAUUUAUUUCAAACUAGUAAUUUUUUAAAAAAAUAUUUUAAUAUAAAAAAUAAAUUUGAUUUAAUAUUUUAUUUUAACAUGGAAAAGAAUAAUUUCCCCUAUGAAAAGGAAAAUUCUUCAAACACAAUAGAGAACAAUGAUAAUAAUGAAGAUAAUUUAAAUUCUAAGAAUAAAAAUAAAAAUGAAAAUUUACAUAAAGACUUGUUAUAUUUUUUUAAACGUGUAAAUGAAAAAAGCUGUCAUAUAAAAUGGAAUAGUAUUAACAACAUCUACUUAAAUUAUACCUUAUAUUUUAAUAAAAAUUAUGAAAUAAAUAUGUAUGAUUUAUUUUGUACCUUUCAAAAUAUGAUAAAAAACAAAAUCAUAAAAAUUAAAAAUUAUUGUAAAAAAGGAAAACACGGAAAGAAAGGAAAGGAAACAAAAGUUAUAAAUGAAUUUAAUUUAUCGAAUAAUGAUCAUGUUCAUUCUGUAUAUAUACCUUUAUAUUUUUUCAAGUUAUCAAUAAAUAACAUGUCUCUUUUAUUAAAUAUAAUGUUUUCUUUUAAAAAAAAUUUAUGGACUCUUAAUAAUAUAUUAUUUGAUGUUAAAGAUAAUGAAAAUAAAAACGAAAAAAAUAUAUUAUUCCAUUUAAAGAACAUAUUGAAAUGUAACAUAAAAAAUGAACAAGACAAUUCAAAAAAAUUUAAAGAAAAAAUAAAAAACAUAAAAGUUACAGCUUCAAAUGAACAUUUCACAAAUAAUACAUGUACAAUAUAUACAGUAAAUAAUAUAAAUAUGAAUGAUGCAUAUAAAGAAUAUUUUAAUAAAAUGAAUUUAUCUUUAACUUAUAAAUUAAUCUUUCCAGUAAUAUUUAAUAAUUAUUUUUUAAAUCUCCUUCAUAUGAAAUUAUAUCUUUUUUUUAAUUAUAAUAUAUUUGAUAAAUUACAAGAAUGUCAUAAAAACAAGAACGAAAAUAACAAAACAGAACGAAAUCAUAAACAUAUAGAGGAUACUAUCAAUUUACUUAAAGGUUAUUAUAUAAAAGGUAAAAAUAAAAAAAAAAAAAAAGAACAUCAACAUAAUUCUUCCUAUGGAUUAGGUAUCCUAUUAUUUAAUAUGAAUAUAUAUUUAAAUUUUAAACUUCAUGGCAACAAUUUCUUGCCCUCAUUGGUAUUGAAGUCAAAGGAAGAUAAUUCAAAGUUUAAUUAUUUAUUAUAA